AUGAAUGAUUAUAGGAAUAUCCUGUUCUUCUUAUAUAAUUAUUUGAAGGGUUGUAACUCAACCCCCCCCCCCUUUUCCCCCACCCCCACUUGUUUAGUUGACUAUUGUGUAGACUUGUACGAUUUUGUACAAGUAUUUUGUGGGGAUCGUGAUAAUCCUGCAAGCUGUGUCCCAUCAUCGUGGUUGUGUGAUGGGUUUGCUGAUUGUAGCACUGGGUUUGAUGAAACACCAGCCACAUGUGGAAAUGUGAAUCCAUGCCAACCAAACCCUUGUCUGAAUGGGGGUGUAUGUCAUGGUUACUCUGCUCAACCAAAUGUUUCAGUAGCGUAUGCAGUUUGUGAAUGUGCGGUGUCCUAUUCUGGCCAGUGGUGUGAGACAAACUUGACCACUGCACAGCUUCCUCCAGUGGACGCGGCUGUGUGUACACCAAACCCUUGUGUGGCAGGAACUUGCACCCCAGUUCGUGGACCCAGCUACAUUUGCAAAUGCCUUCCAGGAUACAUAGGAAAUAAUUGCGAUGGUCUUGCAUCCGCAUGUGUGAGCCAGCCUUGUUUAAAUGGAGGGACUUGCACGAAUACCAGCAGUGGUUACAUUUGCUCCUGUGCUCCAGGAUGGGCUGGUGCUGUGUGUAAUGUAGUAGUUGAUGCUUGUAACGGCAUAGUCUGUAACAAUGGAGGCACCUGUGUUAAGAACGGGAAUACUGGAGUCUGCAUCUGCCCUCUGGGUUAUUCAAGUUCCAGAUGUGAAGUGAACAUUGAUGACUGCACCUCCCAACCAUGUUUGUAUGGUGGCACCUGUGUUGAUGGCAUCAGGAACUUCACUUGUUUGUGUGUGGCAAACAGAGUCGGACAAUUCUGUGAGCGACAAGAAAUGUGUAUAGAUAAUCCCUGUAAAAAUGAUGCAGUCUGCCUUCCUGCAACCAGCAGUGGUGUUCCUCCAUCUUGUGUCUGUCAGGAAGGUUACACAGGCCCGCUCUGUGAGACAAACAUAGACGACUGCAGUGGGAAUCCAUGUGGAAGUAAUGGAAGGUGCAUUGAUGGCAUCAGGUCCCAUACCUGUGAAUGCAAUCCUAAUUACACAGGCAGCAGCUGUGAGCUAUUGCUAGAUCCAUGUUCUUCAAACCCUUGCUUGAAUGGAGCUUACUGCUGCCGAAAGGGGAAAGUACAGUGCUCUUCUGAUUUGCCAGCUGGGUAUUAUGAAUGCUAUUGCAGUAAUGGUUUUACAGGAAACAACUGUGAGCUGCAUGUACCAGCUUGUUCAUCUUCUCCAUGCAAAAAUGGAGGACUCUGUUACACUUACAACAGAAGUUACAACUGCACAUGCCCUUUGAAUUUUAAUGGUCAGAACUGUGAACUCUCGAAUCCCUGUGGUAGCAGCCCUUGUCUGAAUGGUGGAGUCUGUACCAACUUGGCAACUGGAGGGUUUUCAUGUCUGUGUCUUCCCGGAUAUUUAGGAACACAGUGUGAGGUAGCCAGCUGUGUUACAACUGGUUGUCUAAAUGGUGGGUCUUGCAAGACUUUGAGCAACGGAACUAACUAUUGUGAAUGCAUGAAAGGUUAUAGAGGAUCUCGUUGUGAAUCAACCUUCCCAUGUGCCACACAGAUCUGUCUGAAUGGUGGAACAUGCUUGGAUAUAACUCCAUACAGUUUUCAUUGCAACUGUGCUAAUGACUUUGGUGGAACUUACUGUGAAACUGAAGAACCUUGUAAAGCCAAGCCAUGCAGGAAUGGAGGCAGAUGUGUCAACAAUGGGACUAGCUAUAGCUGCAGAUGUCCAACUGGCUAUAGCGGGGACACAUGCCUCAAUGGGGGUACGUGCACAGAGAAUAUCCCAACUUUCCAGUGCAAUUGUCCUGUAAGCUAUACAGGAUCUAGAUGUGAAACAUACCUUGCUUGUGCCAGCAACCCAUGUGUGAAUGGAGGUGUGUGUGUCAACAACGGGACUAGCUAUACCUGCAGAUGUCCAGCUGGCUAUAGCGGGAUCCACUGUGAAGCACUUUUGGCUUGUACUGCAGACUCGUGCCUCAAUGGCGGUACGUGCACAGAGAAUAUUCCAAGUUUUCAGUGUUCUUGUCCUGUAAGUUAUACAGGUUCUAGAUGUGAAACUUACCUUGCAUGUGCCAGCAACCCUUGCCGGCUGAACUCUGCUUGUAUCAACAAGAACAAUACUUUUGAUUGCAUUUGUGGACCAGGGACAACAGGAGCUAACUGUGAAACUAUCCUGCCCUGCAUCUCUGCUCCUUGCCAGAAUGGUGGUGAAUGUAACAAUGUUAAUAAUACAUAUGUCUGCCAGUGCCCUAGACAAUAUACUGGAGUUAACUGUGAGGUUUACCUUCCCUGUGCUAGUUCUCCAUGUUUAAAUGGAGGGAACUGUACCAACCAAGCAGCAGCUUAUGAAUGUCAUUGUCCUGAUCAAUUUUUAGGAAACAGAUGUGAAAUUUCUCUGCCUUGUCGCAGCCAGCCAUGUUUGAAUGGAGCAACUUGUGUCAACAAUGCAGGAUCAUUCUCCUGUGUCUGCCCAGAAAACUAUACAGGAAACCUUUGUGAAUAUUCUGCACACCCCUGUCAGAAUCUGCCUUGCCAAAACAGCGGUAGCUGUAUGGAAACUGGGCAGGGGUUUUCCUGCAUUUGUCCUGCCACUUUUGUGGGUCCCACGUGUGAGAUCCCUGUUCCGUGUAGCAGCUCACCUUGUCAUAACAAUGGCACCUGUUUCAACAAGCAGAAUGACUUCAUGUGUAUCUGCCUGACAAACUUCACCGGCUCAUCCUGUGACUCAAAGUUGCCCUGUGCCGACACACCAUGUGUCAAUGGAACAUGCAUCAAUGUCAAUGAAAGCUUCUUUACUUGUGAAUGUUAUAGCGGUUAUAGAGGGCAGCUGUGUGAUGAGAGAAUUCCAGACUCCACCUGCAGUCCUCAGACAUGCAUCAAUGGACAGUGUGAUGUUACCGGAGACAGUGUGAAUUAUUGCAGGUGUAACAAUGGUUUCUCAGGUCCUACAUGUGAAAUACUUGCAGAUUCCUGCAGUUCACAUCCGUGUCAAAAUGGAGGUAACUGUACCAAUAUCGGAUCCUCUUUUGUGUGUUCCUGUACUGAAGAGUUCACAGGAUCACUUUGUGAUGUCAGAUUACCUCCCUGCUACUUCCAGCCUUGCUUCAAUAAUGCUACAUGCUUGAACACUGACAGUAACUUCACCUGUGUAUGCCCUAAUGGGUUUAAAGGGAGCAGAUGUGAGUCAGUGAUACUGCCAUGUGACAGUUCGCCCUGCCUCAACUCUGGGAACUGCAGCAGCAAGGAUGGCCAGAACUUCUUGUGUGCAUGCCCACCAAUCUUCACCGGUCAGAUUUGUGAAACACCCGUCAAUGUGUGUGCUGUGAACCCUUGCCAGAAUUAUGGAGUUUGUCAACUGUCGACAGACCCCAGUGAUGCUUUCGGUUACAGCUGUAGAUGCAUUCCUCCAUUCACAGGGCGGACUUGUGAGUCUUUAGUCAUGACCUGUGACCCCUCUCCUUGCCAAGGAAGAGGAGCUUGUGCUAUAGACCAACUCGGAGCCUUUUGUCAAUGUCAGGAUACUUGUGAGCAGGCAGGAAAUGUGUGUCAGAAUGCGGGCACCUGUAUUGUGUCUGAACGUGGUAGUAUCGCUUGUAAGUGUGCGGAGGGUUAUACUGGCAACUUGUGUGAAGUGGUUGUGACUGCGGGCUGUGCUCCCAGUCCCUGUAAUGGUGGCGCUUGCAUUUUAGAUGUUUCUGGAAAUUCCCAUUGUGUGUGUCCACCAGGUUCAGCUGGACCAAAUU